GCGCUCCCGGGUGUUGAGGGAGGCACAGGCCAUCAUGGGCAUCGACCUCAUUGCCGGUGGCCGCAACAAGCGGGUCCACAGGACCGCGCCCAAGAGCGAGAAUCCCUAUGUCAAGCUGCUGGUGAAGCUGUACCGCUUCCUGGUGCGCCGCACCGAGAGCGACUUCAACAAGGUGGUGCUCAAGCGCCUCUUCAUGUCCAAGACCAACCGCCCCCCGCUAUCCCUGUCCAAGCUGGUCAAGUUCAUGGAGGGCAAGGAGGGCAAGCUGGCGGUGCUGGUGGGCACCAUCACAGACGACACCCGCCUGUUCGAGGUGCCCAAGCUGCGCGUGUGCGCGCUGCGCGUCACCGAGACCGCCCGCGCCCGCAUCCUCAAGGCUGGCGGCGAGAUCAUCACCUUUGACCAGCUGGCGCUGAUUGCGCCCACCGGCAGCAACACCGUGCUGCUGCGCGGCCCCAAGAACAGCCGCGAGGCGGUCAAGCACUUUGGCCCCGCGCCAGGCGUGCCCGGCUCCACCGCCAAGCCGUAUGUGCGGGCCAAGGGCCGCAAGUUCGAGCGCGCUCGCGGCCGCCGGAAGAGCCGCGGCUACAAGGCGUAA